ACAACCAAAUAAUGAAGAACUAAUUAUAUCCUAACACCCUUCACCUUACGGCAGGUUAUAACAGUUCACUAUUUAAAGAAGAAAUAUCUUAUGAAUUUGUCAGUUUACAAAAUGGGUUUAAACAGGAAGUUAUUGUUCAGUUGCUGUAUAGUCAGUUUGGUAGUUAAUUCAAAUGGUUUAUUUUACCCGUCGUCGAUACAAACUGGGAUAGAUGGCGUGCAUAAAGCUACAAGAUGGAAUAUCCCGUGGCUCGGGCUCGGUGUGUACUGUAACGGGUGCCCGGCGCGGAGCUGCGAGGACGACGAGGCCAUCAUACACGGCUACUGCUGCGGAUGCGCGCACCACGCUGACCGUCUACCAGUGACAUGCCCGGAGUUCCUGCAGUGUCCGCUGAACACGCACGGGCUGUGUCACGACUAUGAAUACAUGAUGCGCUGCUGCUGCUGACUGCACUCUCAACCUGAAGGGCUAGCAUGGGGCGCAUUUAAGAC